AUGGCCACAAUAGAUCCCGUCGAAGCAGACGAAGAUGCCACCCUUGCACGACUCCAAAAUGCAGAAACAGAAUUGGAUCUGUUCAAACUGUCCGGGGACAUGGACGAUGCAUUACUGGAUGCCAGUCUAGAUAAGUACCAACACUACCUCGAUCAGCUGGACGUGGCACGAAGCCAUCUCGACACGCUCCUAGCCGAUACGGCAGCCACACUUGGUGAACUGACCGAAAUCUCCGCCUCGUUCAAAGCCAUCGACGCCCAGACCAAAAACUUCCAGAAACUCUCCGUGAACAUUGUGGAGGAGCAGAAGAAAAACGAUGCGAUUGCUAAGGAUGUAGCCGAAAAUUUGCGCUACUAUGAACCGCUGGAGCGGAUUACAAGGCGUCUCAACGCGCCCGGGGCAGGCGCAUUCGUUCGAAGCAAAUCCUUUUCUGAGAUUCUUGUGACGCUGGACGAAUGCAUAGACUACAUGCAAACGCACCCAAGUCACAAGGAGGCCGAGACGUAUAGAUCACGAUACCGACUUCUUCUGACGAGGGCAUUGACGCUGGUGCGGAACACAUUCAUGGCCGGACUUAGGGAGACCACGACCGAAGUAGCCGGCAGGAUCGCCGCGAAACAGCUCAACGACACAACCAUGUCUGCUCUGUUGUAUGCGAAGUUUCGCGUGGGCGCAGCCGAGAUGAAAGAAUUAGGUCUGGAGAUCCAAAAGCGCGCAAGCCCUCCCGCCGACGCAGAGCCCGGCACGGAAGGGGAAUACCAGAGUCUGAUGAACGAGUUGCACGCCAGCUUUACAGCCUGUCGAGCAAGACUGAUUCUACCGAUCGUGCAGAAACGGCUGUCGGAGAUCAGCCAGAUGCCGACUUCCAAGGAUCUGGUCCACUUCGCGCGUUCAAGUAUAAGUUAUAUUAGAGGAAUAUGUCUGGACGAAUUCGAGCUGUGGUCGGAAUGGUUUCAUGGCUACGGAGGGGUCUAUGAUUUCCUAGAAUCUAUCUGUGAACCACUCUAUGAUCACCUCCGGCCGCGAAUCAUCCAUGAGAACAAGUUAUCCAAAUUAUGCUCACUGGUGACGCUGCUCCAAACCAGGUAUUUACACGACGAUGAAGAAGACGGUCCAGCGGACUUGAAUCAACUAGACUUCUCGGCGCUCAUCCAACCAGCCUUAGAGGACGCUCAAACCCGACUCGUCUUCCGCGCCCUAGCCAUCCUGCGAGAUGAAAUUGAGAAUUUCAGGCCAAAGCCCGAGGACCUCGACUAUCCUAGGCUAACAUCACGACCUCCAACAGCUACCGCUCCUUUGUCUGGCCGAAGGGCAUCUCGCGACCCACUGACGCCAUUGUCCAAGGCUCCUGACCUCGGUGAUGAUGAGUCUGCAGAGGAAGGCUCAUUUUCAUGGACCAUCGCAUCUCGCCGCACGGCCCUGAAGAAUUGCUACCCAACGCUGCCCAAAGCCAUCCGCCUUCUAUCCCGAAUCUACCGACUCGUCAAUUCCUCAGUCUUCGACGACCUUGCGCACCAGAUCGUACACCAGACCACCAUGUCUUUGCACAACGCAUCUACCCGCAUAUCUUCCAGAUCCUCCCCGCCUGAUGGCCAGCUCUUCCUCCUCCGACACCUGCUACUCCUCAAGUCCCAGAUCGUGGCUUUUGACAUUGAAUAUGUCACGCCAGACGUGUCUUUCGACUUUUCUGGCGUAGCGAGCACAUUCUACGAACUCCGCGAACGAGGCGGCCUCUUUAACCCACGCAGCUGGAUGAAAUUGUUCAGUACGGGCGGCCUCCUUCCCCGCGUGGUGGAGAACAUGCUGGACGCCAAAGUCGAACUAGAUGGCCGUCUGAGAACCGUGAUCAACGAUUUCACCGCAGGAUUCGCAUUACACAUGACCAAAGAUCUGCCCCGGGACAUCGAGAAAGCGAGUAUCAAGAACAAUGCCCUCGAGGAAGCCGUCUCCGGGACUCGCAAGCACAUCGAGAAGGAGAUCCCAAUCCUCCGAGCCAAGUUGGAGCAGUACCUCGACGACGCGCGCACGCGCGAGACCCUCGUGGCCGCUGUGGAAGGCCAAGUCGUGCAGAUCUACGAGACCUUCUUUGACGGAUACGUAAAGCGGCUGGGCGGUGCUGGUGGUAACGAAAAGAUCAACGGCGUGAACCAGAUCUCGCGCAAGGGCAAAAGUCCCGAGAAUGCAGUGUGGGAUAUCGAUACGUUCGCAGAGUGGACCGAGUUGCUGUUCAAUGUCGCGUUGCCGAAUGUGGAAGAUGAUGGAACCAGUCAUCCUGCUUCGAGAAGCUUGUCGAGAAGCGGGAGUCCGUAG